AUCUUUGAGUAGUACAGCUGAUGGUGGUGCAGCAGCAGCUGAUGGUGGUGCAGCAACAGUUGAUGGUGGUGCAGCAACAGUUGAUGGUGGUGCAGCAGCAGCUGACCAUGGUACAGCAGCAACUGACGGUGGUGCAGCAGCAGCUGACCGUGGAACGUGAUCUACGGAGAAGACAAAAGAGAAAGAAGAACAGUAAUGAUGAUGAUGAUGAUGAAUUCUCAUAUUAUCAAGACAAGAUUGAAUUUGGGGAAGUUGUGUAUGAACCACCAAGUUUACAUACAGAGAAGCUCACCAAGAAACUUGGAAUAACAAAGGUGACUUAAAGUAUUAGAUUAAUAGUUCUUCCAUUAAUUAAUUUGUUGCCUCACUUACUUAAUUUAAUCACAAGCAUAUUUCAUUUUACAUUGUCUAUAUAGUGUAUGAAGAAGUGCUAACUUAUUAAAUUGUCAUGGACAAGAAAAUGUACUUAAGGGGGGAGGAACGUUCUGCGAGACUUAUAUCUGAAAAAAAUCGAAAAAUUUUGAAAAAACGUUUUCUUACCAAAAAAUAGUGCAUAAUUCUGGCAUCAUUUUCAUGUAAUCAGCUUGUUUCUAGUACAUUUCUAAGUAUCUUUUUCAAUCUUUUUUUUUUUGUUGUUGUUGCUGAGGUCAAGACGACAGGAUGCCAAUUCGGGUGUUUUCUUUUUUUUUUUUUUUUUUACUCCAGAAAUUACGAUUUUUAUGAUUGUUUUUUAUCCAAAUAUAUGUACUUGUUUGCACCUCCUGAGUCGCCUAGUGAUCACUGCGCACACCACCAUACCUCAGUGACUUAUGAGUUGCCGAUGAGAGUGGAGCUGUGAUGGUUGGUGAAAGGUGGCGCACGGCCACCCUAGAGUUUCAUGCAAACUAUGUAUGUGAAUAACUCAGGAAUAAGUUAUUGAUUUUAUUUUCCUUUUAUUGCGAAGAGUUUUUAUAGGAACAUCAGGAUUUUUUCACACAUUAUUGAGGAAUGAUUGUUCUUUAAUCCAGGAGAGGGGAUUUGUGAUAUGUAUUACCAUUUUGGUUUUAUGGAUUUUUUUUUCCUCAAAAAAAAAAAAAAAAGCAAAUUUCAACAUUUCGUAUAAUGAAAUCUGUUGACAUUUCGCUUAUUUCCCUCUCUAGGAUGAUUAUCUAUCUCUUUAUCUUUCGUCUGAUGUCAGCUGGAACAUUGUACAUCUUACCAAAUUUGUUGAAAAAGGAUUCUUGUAAGACCUAUAGAAUAUAACAAUUUUAUUUUUUUUUCUCUUUAACUCUUUCAGGGUUUCGGCCGUACUAGUACGGCUUAAGCACCAGGGUUUUUGACGUUCUAGUACGCCUAAAUUCUAGCACAUUCAAAUCUAGUGAGAGAAAACUGGUAGGCCUACAUAUGAAAGAAUGGGUCUAUGUGGUCAGUGUGGGUGGUAUAAAAAAAAAUCCUGCAGCACACAGUGCGUAAUGAGAAAAAAAACUUUGACCAUGUUUUUGGAUUAAAACAGCGACUUUGCAUUGUAUUGUUGUAUUCUAGUUUUCCUGGUCUCAUUUUAUAGAAUGGAAGACAUAUUACAGAAAUUAUAAUGAUUUUGACUGGUUUUACAAUGAAAAGUACCUUGAAAUUGAGCUCAAAGUAGCAGAAAUGUUCGAUUUUUAUCAAAGUUCAAAAGUAAACAAAUCAUGCUAUGCGUCCAAUACACGUCAACUGGUGAGUCUAAUAUUCUUUCACAAAUGCGCUGAUACUAUUUAUACCAUUUCUACACUAAUGCAGUAGUCUGCAUAGCAGUAAAUCUUCUAUUUUUUUGUGAGAAAAAUUUAAAGUGGAAAGCAAAAGAAUGUAAGAGAGGCAUGGGGACGUGACUAAUGAACAGAGGAAAUGUUUAUUUUAGUGCCAGGAAUGUCUUUCUUGUUUAUUCUGGACCCUAUUCGGAAAGUGGCAUCUUAUGAAAUUUGUGUGAAAUUGGCAAAAUUGUUAAAUUCUGACCACUGUGAUGGAUAGUUGAAAUCAGUAAAUGGGUGGUUUCUUGUACUCAUUCGAUAGAAAAAAAUGGAGCUCUUGCGAAAUAGUUACAAUUUUUGUUGACAAGUACACUGGAAUUGGCCGAAAAUAGGGCUCAAAGUGGGCAAAAUCGCCGAUGCGUAAACAUCGUUGAGACUGCUAACUUUGCGAGAGCAUAAUUCCGUAAGUUUUCCAUCAAAUUUCAUACUUUUGGUGUCAU